AUAUGAUUUAUUCAUUUAUUGAGGUAUGACUCAGCACAAAAUGAAGCCACACCACAGUGCAUGUGUGUGUGUGGGUGUGUGUCUGUGUGUGUGUGUGCACAGUGCAUAUAAAAGGAGCUACAGAGUCAGUUGAAGCAGCACUCCUCCUCCCCUCCUGAUCAGAGACAAACUAAACGUUUGUGCUGAGUGAUGGACAAGACGAUGGAGAUGGCGGCCCUCGGCCGUCCUUUCAGCCUUGGGAUGCUGUAUGACUGCCGCCAUGAAAAAUUCAUCCCUGGCCUGACAUUGUGGGACCAUGACAAUCUGGUAAAAGACAUACGAGAAAGACCUCAACAUUACAAUACUUUUGACAUUGUGGCAUCAGAAUCAAUUGAGGGCAAAUCUUUAGCUCUAAAUGUUGAAGCAUCCCUGAAGGUAGGUGUCUAUAGUGGACUGGUAGAGGUUGCAGGAUCGGCCAAAUACCUGCGUGAUAAUAAGACAUCCAAAAAUCAAGCCAGAGUGACACUCAAAUAUGAAGUAACCACAAGGUUCCAGCAACUAUCAAUGGAUCAUCUUGGAAAAGGCAAUUUGAAGUAUCCAGAUGUUUUUGAUCAAGGAGAAGCAACACAUGUGGUCACAGCUAUUCUUUAUGGGGCACAAGCCUUUUUUGUCUUUGACCGAGAGGUGUCCAGUGAUGAAAAUCUGGGAGACAUUCAAGGCCACCUGAAGGUGAUGGUCAAGAAGAUUCCCAGUGUUCAGAUAGAUGCCGAAGGUUGCGUGAAAAUGGAAGACAAAGAUUUCAAAAAAGUUGAGGAAUUCUCCUGCAAAUUCCAUGGAGACUUUUUACUUGAAAAAACUCCUUCAACCUUUCAGGAUGCCAUACAAGUCUACCAAAGUCUGCCAAAAUUACUGGGACCCAAUGGAGAAAAUGCUGUACCAAUGAAGGUCUGGCUGUUGCCACUGACCAGUUUAGAUUCUUCUGCUGCUAAACUCGUGCGUGAGAUAAGUGCUAUGUCUGUAGAAGAAGUCCAGGCUGUCCUGGAGGAGUUCAGUGAGCUGGAAAUGAGGUGCAAUGAUAUACUGACAACCACAGCACAGCAGUUCUCACAGAUUGGCAAAAAGAUUAAAACCUUUAAAGAAGUGUGCUCUGGGUACAAGGUUGAAUUUCAGCGAAAGCUGGCCAAGAUACUUCCAGCAAUCCGAGGAGGAGGAGAAGAAGAGGCUGAGCUCACAGAGAUCCUGAAGGAGAGACAUUCUUCUCCUUUCAACAACAAAGACCUGAACAAGUGGAUGGACUGUAAAGAGAGAGAAAUCUACACAUUAAUGUCUUUCACCAACAUGAUGAAAAACACCAAGAUCGUCCCAUCUCAAAAUCACCUCUACAAAGAAAGUCUCAGUGCAGAGCAUGCAGUGUGUUUUGUUUUCACCUCACUGGACUAUGCCGAACCCUUCCUCUCAGCUUUAUCAAAGCACUUGAGACAAACACCCAAACCAGAAGAUACUAAAGAUCCACAUACUGAUGAUAAAGACGAGGAACAAUGGUAUGCCUCAAAAGAACUAUCAGAUGAAAUGAGGCAGAAAGCAAAGCUCUUCAGUGACUUUGCAGAGGCCAACAAGGAGAACAAGAACAUUAAGUUCUUGACAUUUGGUUCAACAAAUGAGACACAGAAAGGUUCAAGCAUCUACCUUUAUAAAGACGGCAAUUAAGUCAAUGAAAACUUUGAGCCACCUUCAAAGACUGAAACAGUGACAGUCACUGAAACAAACCACAAGAGUGUGACACUGAAGAUUUCUCCACCAAAGUUUGGAGCAGAGAACAUCACCUCCUACUCUGUUGAGUACUGUGUCAGUGGAGAAAAUGGAUGGAAACAGAAGACGGCAUCAGAAGCUGAAGAAGUCACAGUGAGUGAUCUGAGUCCUAACACAGAGUACAUGUUCAGGUGCAGAGCAGUGACCUCAGCAGGUGUUGGACCAGCCAAUGAAGUCAGCAUAAAGACCACCAGUCUCGCCUGAGUAAGGGUUUUUAAUGUAAAGACAACUGGAUACAACAUCUUGGCAAGAACACACUUUUCAUGAGUUUUACUGAAAUACACAACAAUUCUAUACAUCCUGAUCAUUAUUUGACAAAUAUGUCAUGAAACAAAUAGAGUUAAACCAUUAACAUAUUUACCUUAGCUGUUAGGAGUAGAUGCUGUAGGGCAAACCAAAAUCUGGGCUCAGCCUUAGAGAUAGGGGGAGGAGUCAGACAUCUGGAGGGAGCUCGGAGUAGAGCCGCUGCUCCUUCGCAUCUAAAGGGGUCAGUUGAGGUGGCUCGGGCAUCUGAUCAGGAUCCUCCUGGGUGCCUCCCACUGGAGGUGUUUCAGGUAAGUCCCACUGGUAGGAGGCCCCGGGGCAGACCCAGAACACACUGGAGGGAUUAUAGAUCUCAUCUGGCCUGGGAACAUGUCGGAGUCCUCCAGGGGAGCUUGAACGUGUUGCUGGGGAGAGGGACGUCUGGGGUGCUUUGCUCAGCCUGCUGCCCCCGUGACCCGGCCUCAGAUAAGUGGAUGAAAAUGAAUGGAUGGAUCCUGAAAGAAGACAAUGCAUGUAACAGGCCCAGGACAUCAGCAACCAGCGUACCCAGGGUACCUUGCACGUUGUUUGUGGAUGCGGAAAUUUCAUGACCAAAAUGUCAAUAGGUGACGAGGUCAUUGUGAGAAUGUGUUGAAUCUGAAGGUUAAAUCUGCUAAAUGCCAACUCAUUUAGCUAAAUGUGUUAUAUUUCCAAUCUCCUGUCAUGUUUAACUGACGCGUUUCAAAGGCGUCUUUGUGUUGUGAACAUAACAGAGCACGAUACCUAAUAAUAACAAGCAAUAUUUAUGUGCUAUCAUUUUAUUAGUACCUGCAAAAAGAUCAGAGCUACUGACAUAUUGAUGAAUGCCGAA